UUUUUCCCUGCUGACCUGUCACCCGGUCCCCGCUUUCAUGUUGACUGCGGUGCUGGUUGCUGUUGCUGUCGGCGGGGGGGUCUUGUUUCUUAUGCGCCGUAUCUUCCCCAGCCAGAAAGCCAUGAAGCUGCUACAGUACCCGGCGGACACCAUGCGAGGAAAGACGGUUAUCGUAACUGGAGCUAACAGCGGGAUAGGAAAGGCUCUAACCGGGGAGCUGCUGAAGCUGCAGGCCCGGGUCAUCAUGGCCUGUCGGGACCAGCGCAGCGCCGAGGAGACGGCUCAGGAGAUCAAGACACAGUCGGGUGCAGAACAGGGGGAGGUGGUCAUCAAACACUUAGACCUUGCAUCGCUUGGUUCAGUCCGCAAAUUCUGUGAAGAGAUUAAGAAGGAGGAAUCUAAGAUUGAUGUGCUCGUCAACAAUGCGGGCAUCUACCAGUGUCCUUACACAAAGACAGAGGAUGGUUUUGAGAUGCAGCUCGGCGUGAAUCACCUGGGCCACUUCCUUCUCACUCACCUCCUGCUGGACCUCAUGAAGACAUCCGCCCCCAGCCGCAUCGUCGUGGUUUCCUCCAAGCUUUACAAAUAUGGUCACAUCAACUUUGAUGACCUCAAUAGUGAAAAUAACUACGAUAAGGCAUUCUGCUACAGUCAGAGCAAGCUGGCCAACCUGCUGUUUACGCUUGAGCUGGCUCGCCAACUGGAAGGCACAGGGGUCACAGUCAAUGCUCUCACCCCGGGUAUUGUGAGGACCAGACUUGGCAGGCAUGUUCAAAUCCCUCUCCUGGCAAAGCCUCUGUUCAACAUCGCCUCAAUGGUCUUUUUCAAGAGUCCACUGGAGGGGGCCCAGACCCCUCUCUAUCUGUCCUGCUCACCUGAUGUGGAGGGAGUGUCUGGGAAGUGUUUCGCUAACUGUGAGGAGGAGGAGCUCAUGCCCACAGCCACAGAUGACCAGGCAGCCAAGAAACUGUGGGAAGUGAGCAGGAGGAUGGUUGGACUCGCUGACUGAGCCGAGUCAUGUGUUGUGGACGCUAUUGUGUGUUUUUAUCUCUAGCAGCCCCACAGAUGUUACUCUAUGAGAGAUGGCGCGUGAAAAGACCAAUUGCCUCCUUGGGGAUGUAACCAUGAAAUGACUGACAUAUUGUGCCAAUGAAGUGUGUAAAUUAAGAGUCUGUGUGGAAAAGUGCUGAGUGUACAUUGCAGUGAGUUGGUCAGAGAAUGUGUGCAGCUUUGAAUUAAAAAUUGAAUGUGA